GUACACCUCAUCUAACUUACUCCAACAAUGGGAACUCUUGAUUCGUAUUCCUUUGGUCGGUUGACAUGGAUUAGAUCUUCACCCUGAGCUUUCGAAACCCAACUCGGUCGGAUCUUUAGUCAAAAGAUGCUGCCUCCCGUCCCUCUAUGCCCCAGGCACCCUCUCUUUCAGCCAAAGGAAUACCGUUGGCGCCUUGCGCUCGUGAGCGUCUCUCCACUAACACACAUCAUAGACAGAACCGCAGGGACAGCAGCACCCUCCUUUCCAAUUAGUCGUUUCUGCAGAAUAUUCUCGAACUAAUCGCAUACAAUUCCUCAAUAGCGCGCAUUCCAAUCUAUGUACUAUACCUUUCUCCUUUUCUUUGCUAUGAAUACUACAUGCGAUACUUCCAAUUUUAGACCUUGAUUAUCCUGGACCCGGCCUAGCGCAAUAUGGAUGGGAUAUCUGGAAACUACAACGCUGCGCCUAGUUCAUUUCAAGCCUUCACAAUGUCAAAUAAUAACCAAGAAUGUACAUCAUCUCAACGUCAAGGAACACACAAUACGCCAUCAGAGAGGGAAUUAUCUCCCGAGGAUCCUUUAACCCAGGACUCCAACAAUAACGCUCCUAUUGUCGUACAGCCAUAUUCUAUCGAGGAGCCGGAGGAUGAUGAUUCCUCUCCUCUAUCUUCAAAGCCUACCACAGCGUUUACUCCGGGGCCCAGUUCUGAGAAUUGGCAAGCCGAACUGGCAAAUUCAAUGGAAGACCUACGUUGUGAUUCCGACCAUAACUCUACCAGCCCCAACACAAGAUAUAACCGAGGCAAGAAAAGAAAGCCGCCCAGUAUUGUUACUGCACAUCCCCGGUUAUUCCACAAACAGGACCCCAGGAUGACACACGAUCACCAGUACGAAGAAAGACCCAACUCCAAAUUGAGAAAGCUACGAAGAAGAAAUAAAUAUCCACAGGAAGCCUUGGGAAUGUCGGACGUCGGACUCAGUGAGUUCGAGACGCCCGGGAGCUGCGAUUCGAGGUCUUCAUCGACUGAAAGUAAUGAUACCAAUUCCAGCGAAGGUACCAAUGCACCGGACCACAUGGAUCUAGAUUGAAAACCAGGCGUUGAUAUGAUGUGAUGGCCUUUUCGUUGACAUCACUACUUCCCAUUGCAUGUCACGUGCUUACCAGAUUGUCUCGCUAGUCCGGAAAUGGCUCUCAGCAUACAUGACGUCAGACGGUUCUCAU